UUUAGCCUAUGAUUUCAGGCAUGCACUUUCCUUCAUGGCCGAAGAAAAAUGUUCGUAGAUUGGUCAUGGAUUUGUGCCGUUUCUAGAAAAUCCAUACUACUGCUAAUUAUGACCUUUAUGCGGUAAGGUAAUGACACCACCAGGCGAUAACUGGCAGGGUUACUGCAGAUUGUCACCUCAAGACGUGGAAGAAAUCUAGACAACAAAUAGAAGGUGUCCACUAGUGAUGUUGGUCGCAUAGCAUGCAUACUCUGCAAGUCGUGGUUUGUCAACUAUAUAUGCAGCCCUAUCCAGGAUACAAGUGAUAUCAUCAAGCCAGGCUUAGCUACCUGGAGACCCUUACAGCGAUUUCCAUGCAUAUGGCCUGAGUCAUCCUCAUCAUCUUAUUGUACCCUGGCUAAAUUUAGAAGUCGGCUUGCCAUGGUUGUUAAGAUCUGAUCUAGUGCGUUGACAUGCCAACUAUUCUGCGCAACAGACUCUCAUUACGAUUUUGUUUGAUAAUUUACUGUUUAUUUUGACUCACUGAGAUACCAGAGGACCCACUUCCUUUCAUAUCUGUUUACAUUAUUGAUCAUUAACAAAGAAAGAUUAUUCUUGUCUAAACUUUAUCCUAUUUUACGUUGCAACAGUUGGAUAUUUUUGUCAAGUCAUUGAGGAGGAAAACAAUUAUUUGUUACCAAGAAAAUCAAAAUGAACAUUUUAAUUUUUCUGUAUUAGAAUUGGAAUAGCUUUUAAGAAGGUAGGAGUGGAGAUUUAUUUCAAAAAAAUUGGUGUUAGAUUACAAGCUAGAUGCAGCUGGUUGUAGGGGCAACCAUUAUGGAAAACUACCCAUCUGCCACCAUGCAAGAACCCGCCACCAUGGGUCCAGAUCUGCAAAAACCGCCACCAAUACCACCAAGAUCAUUCUCCUGUGAGAAGCUUGCAAACUUGAUAAGCAUGGAUUUGGAUAAGUUUGUGUUGAUCGAUUGCCGACCAUUUUUGGAAUAUAACACGGGUCAUAUUCUGAAUGCUGUGAAUGUUGGAAACUCAAAGUUGGUUAGACGAAGACUUCAACAAAAUAAAGUGACGAUUAAAGAACUACUAGAAAACGCUUGCAAGGUAGAGACGGAUAACAUUUGCGGUGUGAUAGUGUACGACCAAUGCACUCAAGACUUGAGUAGGGUUCCAUCCGAAAGUUUCCUUCUUAUAGUGCUCAAUAAGCUAACGGAGGUUUUCAACAAUGUUUCCUUGGUAACAGGUGGUUUCGUGAGAUUUAAGGCCAGCUUCCCGAACCUUUGCGUUUCUCGUGAUUCGAGUCAGUGUUCCACGCUGGCGCCACUAUCACAACCCUGUAUGCCGGUGGCAAACGUUGGCCCCACCAAGAUCCUGAGCUUCUUGCACCUUGGCUCGCAACAAGAUGUUAUGAACCAGGAUCUAAUGCACGUCAACGGCAUCAACUAUGUCCUUAAUAUCAGCAAGACGUGCCCCGCGCCAAAGUACGUACCGGAAGCCAACUUCUGCCGCAUACCAAUCCAUGACAAUUAUUGCGAGAAAAUAUUACCGUUUCUUCAAGAAGCCAUGGCCUUCAUUGAUAAAGCUAGAUCAGCAAAUGGUGCUGUAAUUAUCCAUUGUUAUGCUGGAAUAUCAAGAUCGCCGACAGUGGCCAUUGCAUACAUUAUGCAACACCUCAACAUGACAUCUGAAGAGGCAUAUAGGUAUGUCAAAGAUAAACGACCAACCAUUUCACCUAAUUUCAACUUUCUUGGCCAACUACUGGAACACGAGAAACUUUUGAAUCAACAGCGCAAAGCAACAGCAGCCAAAUCACCUCACAGUACUGCUGCUUCAACUGGUAGCCAAAGAAACAAUAACGACCAAUCAAAAAGCUCAGUUGCAAUGCCAGCAUCACCUGAUCCUAGUGAAAGACCAUGGACGUCUAAAAGGACAAAGGUUACUGCAUGUCAAUCCUUACCUUUACCUGUACGAGGUUCGGACUUAAAGAAACCUCUAAAAAGGUCUCCAACAAAAACACUAGAAAGACCUAAAGGACUUGAAUUAAAGAAAGUUACAGAAAUGGGACCAAUCUUUUUAAAUAAACCUUGUAUGAAAAAGGGAGUACGAAUGCAUGCAUUAUCACCCAUUAAAACACCAGACGAUCCACUUUUUCAAGUUGGAAUUAUGACAAGUAAUUUGAGUGUGAACUCUCCAGAAGUUAGGAAUUGUAAUCCAUUUGUGGAGGCUUGCAAAAAGAUGGCAACAGAUGUGCCAAAACCAAGUAAACCAUCAGGAAAAAGUCCGUCUUUGAGUCGUAAACGAGAACGCGAAGCAUCGUGGACAGAUACAACGAUGGAAAUGGCAGAAAAAGCUCUGCAGGCAACUCAGGAAAAGGAGAACGUUGAGAAUCCCAAAUCAUCAGCGUACUCGCAGAUAACAAUUGGAGUCCUUCCAAGUGCACCCUCUGAUGAACAAAAAGAAACUGAAUUCGUUAAACAUGACGGAAGCAAAGGAGGGAAACUACGUAUUGGUCAGGGAAAAUUAGCAUCUUUGAAACUUGCGAUACCAACGAAUCAGGUAACAGUGCAAAGCAAAACACCAGUGAGUGGUACGAUAUUGUCAACGCCUAGCACAACAACUGAGAGUCCUUCCAAUUUAUAUUUUAAAAGACAGUUAAGUGAACAAUCAGCGUCUAGUGAUACAAGUAGCGGUGUAUUGUGUAACAGCUCUUCCAGUGCUUCUCUGGAGAGUCAGAGUGUGCUCGGUUCAGGACAAUCAAAUAUUUCUUCAAUUGACUCUGGUUUGACCCCUUCCUCUUCAGGUGUAAUGUCUCCUGAAGAAGAAGCUUCACGCCUACAACUUUCUCAUUCUCAGGAUGUAAUUAGAUCACAGACCCAGCAAACAGAAAUCAACCCAUUUAGAUUCCCACACAAAUCAAAAGAUUUAAGUCCCAGUCCGCCAAGGCCUCAUAAAGAACCACUUUCACGGCAAAGACAUCGUGACAGAGAUACCUCAAUGGAGACACGACAAAUACAUCGUGACCAUCUUCAAAAAGUACCAGAAUCGCAUCUUUCAAAUUCUAAAAAAAGUUUAGAGUCUUACUCAAGUGAAAGUAGUGGCACAGACUCUCCACGACGGAGUGGAAGCUAUGAGAGACUUCUUGAUUCCGAUGUGGUUGACUCUUGGUGCAGUCGAACACGGAACUUUGCACCACUUAAAAGUGCUUCAUGUGAGGAGAUCAGUUCAUGUGCUAGGGAAGCUGUUGCAGAAAUUGUAGUGCGCGAAAGAUAUGAACGUGUGCCAACAUACGAAAGAAUCCAGAAUUAUGAUUGUGAAAUGGAUGAUGAUAUUGAUUCACGUUCUCUGAGCAGUCAAAGGUCUUUAAGUAGUUCUUGUGAGAUGAUUGAAGUCUCAUGAGAGGUAUUUUCUGAAGAAAGUUGAGUAAGAAAUCCAGGCCACUCAAUACUCUUAAUAGGUCGUAUUUUCUUUUGUUGUUUACUUACAGAAGAGUACUGGUAGCCAUACACUGUUCAAUUAGAGAAUGAACGUACGUAGUCUGCUAUGAAUUGUUAAUAUUGAGGGGAAAAAAAUAAUAAUGAAUCAGGAAAAUUCUUCCCCAUAACAUUGCUUAAAUUCAAUCUUUUUUUCAAUAGGUUUGGUAUGGGAGGCAAAAUUUGUCAAAACAAACUUUUCAUUGAGGUGGUUUUACCUAGGUAUGUUGUACAAUGUGCAUAAAAUUGUCGGUUGAUUCUAGUAGUUGCAAAUUAUUAACUUUUCACUUUCACCUGUUGGUACCCUGUAGAAGUUUAUAAUACAUAUACGACUUCAUCCUUUUGUCUCUCAUUUUAAGUCUGCAUUAGACUCAUUUAUCAACACUUAAUCUUGUACCCUUAGGCUUCUGUCCGUCCUCUACAUACUCUGCAUAAAGUCCUCUUAUUUCUUACAUUUACUACUACCCCUAUAGACUGCAUGAUAUCGUAACCGUUGACCCCCUAAACAAGUAUAGUUCAUUGACCAUGUAGAAGAAUUUGUGUUUAGCUUUAAAUAGUGACAGCUAUGUGUGUGUCUGGUGGAAGUAUGUUAGUUUAGAGAAGUUUUCACAUUAAACACAUCUUAUCAGAUAUGUAGAACAUCUUAUCAGAUAUGUAGAAAAAAUCAAAUCGUUUUAUAGAUACACAUUCUCAUCCUCAAAUUUUCUACUUUCGUAAAGAAAACCAUAUUUGUAUGAUUGCUGGUCAAUCUUGUCAACUCAUUACAAUAACCAAUCAAACUGGUUUUAGUAUAUUAAGUAAUUUCAAAUAAUACUAUAUGUAACAGUCAUUUUCAUUGGUUGUUUGAUUCAUUGCUCUGAUAUAGUGAGUCUAAGCCAUUAUUAUUGUAAAAUGUUAUAUUUUGAGAAAUAUGUUUAUAUUAAAUUCUAAAUUUGAAAGCUAUAUUAACAUCAUAACAUCAGUAUUAUUGUGUUUAGGAGACUUGUACAAUACAAAACAUUUUUCCCUGUCACCUUUUUCUUGGUUUUGAAAAAAAAAAAAGUUAUCUGUUCCUUCAUUAAAACCCAUCUUAUUGAUAGAUGUUGGGUGUAUUUGAUUUUAAAUUGCAGCAGCCAAUAUUGGGUUUUUAUACAUUACCCAAGUGCUAUAUAUAUAGAAGGCAGUUAUGGAUUUCCAUACUUUACCCAUUAUGCCAAAUAUUGUAGCAGGCAGCUGUGGGUUUCCAUACUUUUUCCCAUGUGCUGUUAAUCCAUUGCAUACUCUCCUUUACAUUUCCCAUAUUUAAUACUCAGGUGUUAUUGUAUUGUGCCUUUUCUGACCAAGAAGUUGUGUGACUUUCCAUCGACGAGGAAAGAAAAAAAAGAACCUAUUUUUAUAAAGCCACAUUGUUACGCAAAAAAAAAUUAAAAAAUUUGUUGUAUUUGUGAGAAGUUUGAUUUUCAGUUUGUUGAAGAACUUGGGAACAAAUUGUGUUCAUGUAGUUAUAAACAGUGUCUCCUACUAUGCUUUAUAGUAAUGCAUAUGCAGGUUGUAGCUGUGGACCAUGUUGAAGUAGGCCUAGAGAUAGGAAAAAACAAAAAAAGAAAAAAAAAAGAAGAAAAAAAAAAAGACAAUAGCCAACUCAUAACGUUACACGUGCAAUUUAGUUAAAUGUGAGUUGUUUAAGUGACUGAACACGCUAGCCUACACAAUCGUCAGAGAAGGUUGAGAACUGCUCCUGCAAUGAGCAAUAGAUUUGAUACUAUGGCGAGCAAGGCAGAAACAGACCUAACCUGUAAAUUAAGGUGUUCCCGGGGCUGGGUGUGUGAUCCUUUCACAAUUUUGUCAGUCAUUUAAAGGGAUUCUGUUUAAUUUUUUUUAAAUGUAUAACUGAUAAAUGUUUGUAAAUAUAUUUAAAUUUUUCUGAUCCAUCAUGAACUGUAUAUUUUGUAAUGUAUUGAGAAUUUUAUCUUUUAUUUUGUUGUCCCUGAAAAAUGGCCAAUGCUUUUUGAUGUUUGCUUCAGAACAAAAUUAUCAAUGAUUGUUGCAUGCCAAGUACAGAGAUACAUUUCUGGUCAUAUUUUUUUUCCAAUAUUUAUUUCUUCUAAAUAGAAACUUUGCAUUCCUUUUGCAGUUAUUGUAAAAAGUAUUUUGCUCGUGACUGGCGGUGCAAAUUCUUUCUAUAUUAAAUUUAUUGUAUUACUCAUAACCACAGCAAAGGAAUUCCAAAUUCCAUCGUUUCCAAUUAAAACAAAGUGAAAUUACUUGCCCUUCAGGCACUAAUUAUCCCAGAACUUACAGACGCUGAAAAUUAUCACCUCCAUUACAGAUAUAAUGAAUAAUAUUUCCAUAACUUCUAUUUAAAAAAAAACAAAAAAAAACCCAAGAUUUAGAUAGCUUCAUCAAUGAUUAAUUUCAGUGCACUUUUGAAGAGAGUAAAACUUUACAACAAACUAUUUAUUGUAGGCUGAUAUAGACUGAUAUAUUUUGAAUUAUACAUUCAAUUCUAUGUUGUACGUGGUUAUCAGUGGUGUAAACAGCGAUAGAAUUUCAGACUAGGUGUGUAGGAAAAUGUGGAGAACUUUUGGUAGUUAAAAGUUAUUGUGAUGAAGCUAUAAAUGACCCUUUGUGAUUAAUAGGCCUAUUCUUAAUAAUCAUUGUUAAUGUUAUUUCCAUUAUUAACAAAUGUGUGAUUUUUGAAAGUGUUUGAUAAUAAUCGCAGUACAAUUUUAUACCUGUGCUUGUUGUGUCAUCGUUAGAGGGUUAAACCAACUUAUUGACUCAAAAUGCUAUGAAUUUACAUUACUGUAUUUAUGGACCAUGUAUUGUGUUAGUUAUGAUUAUUAUAGACUCAUUCUAUGAGGACCCCGAGUGAGAAAGUGUACCUAUUUUCAUGUUUGAUUUUAACUUUGUUUGGGUGCUUGUUGGGUGAAUUGAAGCCAUUGUUAUUUUGGUGUUAAUUUGUUGUUGAGUUAGAAGAAUUUGUUGUAAUAAACAUUAUUGCUUUGGCAUGUAUGCAUGUUUUAGUGUUAGAAGGAGCUCGGUGUAGUGUGCAAGAAUGGAAGAGAAAUAUCAAGAUAUCUUUUUAAUUGUUCUAUUUAUUAAUAUGUGUUUAUUAAUUGUAAUUACAACAUUUUAAAAAACGAUAUAAUUAAUGCAAAAUACACCUUAUUUAUAUUUAGGCGGCAUUGAUACAUUUUCCCGAAAGUAUUAUGAAAUUUCAAAUAUUAAUAUGGGUUAAUAUACCAAUUAAAUCAUAAAUUUCUUACAAUGUUUAUGUAGAAAUUUCAGAAAUGCCCUUAAAUCUGUUGUAGUAAUGCUUGAUUCAAUGAGCUUGGAUCAUGUUCUACCAAAAGAGGGCGCUAUGUUGUAAACCCGCUCUCAAAGUGCUAAUCUAUUAUAUGCCCAUUCUUGUUAGCCUUAUUGUAUCUUGAGAUGCAUAUUUUCGGAAAUGCGUAUCCAUGCAGACGACGUGUAAAGUUUGUGGACUGUACUUGAAGAUAGGUAGUUGUAAAAAGAAAUGUUGGUCUGUCGAUUUGUAAUGGUAAGACGAGCAAUAAAGGGGAUAAAGCCCAAUGAAAAUGA